UAAUGAGCAUAAGAGACUUCGUUCAAAAACAUGAAAAAUAGUAAUGUUUCUUAACUUUUGACUGGUAGUGUGUAUAUAUAUAUACUAUUUAUAUACAUAGGGUGAAUUCAGGUGGAUUGGGACACUUUUGGCCAUUGAGAUGACUGGGAAAAAGUGUCCCAAUCAAACUGAAUUCACCCUAUAUAAAUAAAGGUAACAUGUAAACUCGUACAAAUGCAUGAAACUAAAUUAGGCAUGUUACUGCCCCCUACUGGCAGAACAGACAGCAAGCAAACUCUUCUUUUUAGACACGAUAAAAACAAAGUAACUUGCUUGUUUACAGAGAAGUGUAAACGAAAUCCUUAUAUACGUCCUUUGUAAAUAAUAAUAAUAAUAAUAGGCCUAUACAUAAACGCUGCUAGUUUUAACGAUAACGAAACUGUCACGUUAAAUAUGAAAAAUACUUUUUUUAAAUAGCCAGUUUAUGUACGACUAUAAAACAAAUUCUGACCGAGGUCCAGUGUUAUGUAUAACUUUUUUUAAGCAAUAAAGGUAUUUUAAACAUUUUAUUUUCACGUCUGUCUAUUUAAAGAGACUUCAGCUCAGAAUAGCAACAAUUAGAGGCACAUUCAUGUGGUUAUAAUUCAACUUAUAUAAUCCAAUUGUGUCUUAAAACAUGUAUCAAUCUGCCCAAAUAAAUAAAUGUACUUACCUUCCUUCUGGUAACAGCAACAAUAGUUUCCCAGUUUGUUGACUCGUCAGGUGAGAUUUCUGUUGGAAAUAGUAAUCACGUCAGCUGAUCAGGUGACAUUUCUUACGUUCUUCCCACUGAACUUCCAUGUAAAUGCAAGACGGAAUAUUCUUAUGGAUAUUUUAAAGUAUAGCACAAGACAGAGGAGCUAGAUACGAGAUUUUUCAUUGUUUAACCGCACCGUUUCGGUUACACCCGAAGAUAAAGAAAACUAACACACACUAUACAAUUUUAAGAUGUCCAAGAAUCAAGCCCAGUGCUCGUGUCCUACUACUCUACAUGUCGCGGUUGCGCGCUUGCUGUUGCUAUGCAACCGCGGUCCAAACUUUAGCUUGCGUUCACACGGCGCGAGAGCAGUCCGCUCGACUCCGCUGAAACGGUAGAGGAGUAAGAUAUUAGUUGAUAUUUCCAGGAUAUUCAGGCAUUAUCGUGUUUUCAUGAAGAAUGAGCGCCGGUCGGACUGUUGAGGGCGCGGGAUGUGUGACCUGGUGGGGAUUCGGACCAGCACGAGACCUCCUGAGCUCAGAAAACACAGUGAGGUCACAUGGAGAGCUGAAUGUUUUGCUGGUGGGCAGUGGAGAUCCCAGACACAUCCUGAAGACCAUCACUGGACUGAGAGACUCAGACACGCUACAUGUUUGGGUGAUUGAGAACAGCAUGGAGGUUGUUGCCAGACAACUAUUACUACUAUAUUUAUCACUUUUGACCCCUGAGAACAUCAGUAUACACAAAAAGACAGAAGUGUUUCUGGAGGUGUUUGGAAACUCUGAGAUUCGCAAAGAGACGGAAGAGACUUUAAAACACGCCGCGGCUCAACUUUCUCUCUCCAUCACAAACACUCUGUCCUCUGACUCGCACACACAUCCUUGCCUUGAUACGAGCCUACUGAAGUUUAAGGAGAGAGAUGAGCUGGUCCGGAUCUUUAAACUGUGGGAACGGCCGCCGUCAGUGCCAGCAAGUGUGCGUAAGGUCUGGGACGCCCGUGUUCGGCAGCACCUGGGGACUCGCUACGACUCACGACAGGGGUGUUUCGACUGGGAUCUUACCAUGAAACUGCACCAGAGAGGAUGUGGCGUCAUUAGUAAACAUCAGUAUGUGAAAUGGAGGGAAACUGGUGUGGCCUUUGAAAUGAGGGAGGGGCUUUACCAAUCAGCCAAUCAGAGUCUGCUUUCCACACGAGUGUUCAAUCACAGAGGAGAUCGGGUCGCUGUUAGAGGAUAUUGGGGCGACAUCAUCUCCAGUCCGUAUCUGUCCUUCGGCAUAGAGACAGAGAACAAAGACCUGCUGAAGACACAGAACAAUCAACAUAUAAAGACGGCUCAGGAUAUUUCAGAAGUGAACGUCCUGGCGUUGUUUGAAUGUCUUGCCACUAGAGGGAGCUCUUUACUGAAUGAAGAUGUACCAAACCCUUCAAGCUCCUGUUGUCAAUCCACAGACAGUCUCAUAACAGAAGAGAAGAUACAGAAUGAUCCACCUUCCUCUCAAACUCACACAGAACCUGAGCAACAGACACAAGAGCUUGAUUUGCUGAACGUGAGUGGAGUGAAAGUGUCAUUUCUGUCUCCAGACUCACUCACCAAACUUUCUCUCAAAAACAAAUACAGGAACUUGUUCAACAGCAUCUUCUGUUCAGCCAGUAUGGUUCAUCAGCUCGAUUCUUCUCUGAGAGAGAUCACAGCGCCUGAUGCUGCUCUGGUGAUAGAGUUAGCAAACUUCCUGUUGGACCUUUCAAAAGAGCAAGCAUCAGGUUUUGCUGACAGAGUGAAGGAGAUCGCUGAAGAAUCAGGAUUCACUCCGACGCACAACCAGAGCAGUGACGUAUAUGCAGUAUUCACACGGAAAAAACACUGAAGGACUCACAGUUUCAGAUACACACUGUAACGACAUCAACCAUACAAAUAAAAUCUACCAUUUCAGCUUUGAAAACAUUUGUCUUAAUAGGAGAAUUAUAAAAUUAUAGUUUCUAGAUACUUUAAUGUACAUAAACUAAUGUUUUUAAGCGUUAUUUAAAUUGAUUCAUGUUGGUUAAUAACUUGAAAAAGAACAAACAAUACAACAAAAACAAAUCCAAUGUGGGAACGAUUGCAAAACAAAAAGUGAAAAUAAAAUGAAACAACAAAAAACAAACAGUUGAUCAACCCUGAGAGAACAAGAUGAGCAAAACGUGAACAUGUCAUUAUAAUAAAACCACAAACACUUGGAAUUGUGCUGGAACAAGUUUAAUUAAAAAAGUGACAUGUUGUCUCUUUCUUUUCAAUCACAUACAAAAUGUAAAAUUUGGGCUGACAGCCUGACACCAUAAAAUAUCCAUGAUGGAGAAUAUGCUAAAAGGCUUAAACAAUAAUACUUAAUACAGACUAAGCAUGCUUAGACACACAGAAGGACAAACAUUUUGCUGUAGAUACAGAUAUUGAAAUAAAUUAAAUGCUUACUGCAGAUCUCCUCUGCAUAACACCAUUUUCAGGUUUCACAAUCAUUAUGUGGCACAAUUGUCAAAACUGAGAGCUCAGUGCAAAUGAAGUGUUAAGCUUUGACAAAAUGUCAUUAUAAAAGUGUCAUAAUAGGGAGUGUUAUUAUAAGUGAUUUUAUUAUGUCUAAAUAUGAAUGCAAAAGCAUGUGUGAAAACAGGCUUUUACACGCACACGCACACACACACACACACACACACAGGUUUGUCUCUCCCCCUACACUACCCCUACCUCUAAACCUACCCAUCACAGAAAACAUUCUGCAUUUUUACAUAUUUAAUAAAACAUUGUUUAGUGUGUUUUUAAAGCUAUUUUAAAUAUGAGGACUCAUGAAAUGUCCUCAUAUUUCAUGUUUACGUCGUAAUACCAGUGCAAUACCCAUGUCAUUAUACAAAUUUGUGUCCUCAUAAAUCACAAAAACGUGUGCACACAUUUUUUUUGUAAUCUAAUGAUAUAAAAUAAUAUUACCAGUGCAUCAUAAUUUAAAAAAAUAAUAGUUUUAAGCAUUUGUUUGUUCUUAUCCUGUGGUAUUACAGCCUUCAACUUUCAGUUGUAAUGAUUCAGACAUUGUAUGGCCGAGUUUCAACAACUUCCUGUUUCAUGGAACAAACAUCAAACUUUGUCAGUCUGCCACGAACACACUUCAAUGAAAACUCAAGAUCUUCGCAAUUUAACAUUGCAAAAUCCUUUAGAUUAGACUGACCAAAUAUGACCUUGAUCUUAUUAAAGCUCUAGGAGGAGUUCAUUAAAGUACAACGUCUGGAAAUGGCAAAAACUGCAAAAAUUUUACAGAGAAAAUUCAAAAUAUCUGACUUCCUGUUGGGUUUUCAGAUUUUGCACCCAGUAAAAUUUUAUGUUGCAUUCAGUGUAAAUGUAAAUGUAAAGGUGCUGUAACCCAUUCUUCAUAAUAAAAAAAUAAAUCUCUGGAAGCUGAACAUUACCAAACCCAACAUCACAAAAUUUAGAAAGAUUCCAGAUGUGUCCAACAUGACACGUCUAAAUUGUAGGAAAAUCUGAUAAAAAUGUUCAGUUAACCAAACAAAUAUUAGAAGA